AUGAGACUGUCAUGUUUUACCUUGUGUCUAGCCUUGACUAUCCUUACUCCACAUGUGAUCACACAAUUCGCGGGAACAGUUCAUAACGGUGUCGGGAUUGGAGGUUGGUUGUUGGCAGAGUCAUGGAUGUAUCCAAAUAGAUGGCAACAAAUGGGUGGAGAAAGAUGUGAUCAAGACGCAUCAAGUUGUGCUGCCACUGAAUGGAGUUUGGUUAGGAAGUUGGGUCAGACUCAAGCCAAUGAAGUUUUUUUGAACCACUGGAAAACUUGGUUUACCCAAGAACAUGUUGAUCGCAUCAAAGCCCAUAAUUUGGAUCACGUCAAAAUUCCUUUGGGAUUUUGGAUUAUCGAAGAACUCGUUCAACAGCCUGCUGAGAGGUAUCCACAGGGUGGUUGGAUGGAGCUCAAACGCGGUCUUCGCCAGCUCAAAGGAGCUGGUGUCAAUGUUCUGUUCAGUAUGCACGCUCUUCCGGGUGUAUCUACAGCCAAUCAAAACUUUGCCGGGAAUAAUACAGAUCAAGUUCACUUUUAUGAGGACGCCAAUUAUCGUAGGGCUCUUACAUGGGCUGCUGUCUUGACUGCCAUGUCUCAUCUUGAUCCCGACUUUCAAGGCGUCCUUGGUAUUCUGUGUAUUAACGAACCAGUACGGGAUACCACUAAGACUCCUGGCUUAGAACAAUACUACGCCGACUUUGUAACAAUAGUAAGAGUAGUAGAGUACGCACUUGCGGUUUCUUGUGAUGUGGACCUUCAACCCUCAAUCCAACGAAUGGCCACGUCAAAUAAUGUGAUACCAGCUUUACUAGCAGCAAUCCCAUUACUACCGAAGUAUGCGGCCAAAGCCGAUCCACCAGUUGAUGUCAAGCCCCUCGCAAAUUCUCUGAGCGUUCACUGCCAUGGUUCAAGCGAUAGUCCACCUCACUCAAAUAAAACAUCGAAUCUUACGCACCAAUCUAGUGAUACUCAGUCUAAAGCAUCUAUCCCUAUCAAUCAAAGUGAUAAAAACACUUCGAGCAUUGAUCGAUUCUGCAUUACCACAAUGGCAAUGCCUAAAACAACGCAAUGGCAAAAUGACGCUGCAAGCAUGGCUCCCCAUGCCCUUGGACCUCGAGCGUACGAUGAUCACCUAUACUUCGCUUAUGGUGGAGUUGCAAAGAAUGCGACAUAUGACUCCUACCUUGAUACCAUUUGUUCAUUUGAUCGCAUCGAGACUGCCAAAGCGAAUGGAGAAGCUGAAUAUGGGAUGGGAGAGUUCUCUUUAGCUACUAAUUUCGAUGUCACGCUUCCUGAAUUGAAGGGUUGGGGAGAUGCUCAAAAAUUUUACAACUUCAAGACUUUGUACAGGACGUUCUGGACGUUUCGAAUUGAGGACCCAACAACACCAGAUAGAGUCAGCCUUGCCAAUCAAUGGUCCUAUUUCAGAGCUAUUGAUCUUGGUUUACUUCCUGAUCAACCUUCUCAGCUGUUCAAUACCUCAAUCUGUCAAGGUCGAGAGAAGAAAGUAAACUCGGUUUGA